AUGGAAAGGGUUAGUGUGUGGCAUGAAGGGUAUAUCCUAGGGUGCUUCAGGGCCGGGUGCGCUUUGUUUAGACUCCAAAUUUUCAAUCCUGUCUACAUCCUUUCCCAGGUGUUUGCCACAUACCAUCACCGUCUUUCCCUGUCUACAGUCUACAAGUCCAAGCUCGAUGUCAAGAUGCCCUUUUUUGCGAUUAGAGUGUGGCUGGUGGCUGUUGCUCAACCUGGCUUUGCUGUUCCUACAUUCUCUUCAAGACUUAUAAUCAAAGAUAUCCUCUUCUCGACAGUUGAUUGGGUUCAUUGCAGGAGGUUAUUCCGUGCUUGA